CUGGUCCUCUGUCUCUAUCGUACAAAAUAUAGCGCUUACGCAUAUCAGACAGGCAUUGACAUUCUUUGUAAAUUUUGUCGUCGGUUCAGUCAAAGAGUCAAAGGAUUUUUAUAAUACAUAGGAUGGAUAACAAAGCUGACCACAGCCAAGCAGCGAGCCUUAGCCCAACAUCUCAGCAGAAAGCGUCAACAUCUGCAGAAGAUGAAUUGUCAAUACAGUUUGAAGGCACUUCAUUAGAAGAUUCCGAGCAGCAGUCAAAAACAGAAAUGAUGGAAAAAAUUAUUAAUUUCUUCAAAAAAGCCCUUCAGAAAUCAAAAAAAGAUGUGAAGCCAUUGGAAGUGGCUAAAGCAUGUGUUGGCCCAAAUGCCAACAAAAGCAGUGUUAACAAAUAUUUAGACUGCCUCCAUCGUGCAGAAAUCAUUACCAAGACUUACUUUAAAAAAGCAAAGGAUAGUCAAUCGGACCCCCGCUAUAAUGCCUUACCAGUAAUAGAAGAAAUCACAGAGAAAAAAAUAAAAGAAUUGGCAGCAAAAGUGAACAGUGGUUCAAAACAAGAAAAGAAACGUUUAGACCAACCAGCAGUUACAGAUAAUGAUGUGUCUCCUUGGAAAAACGAAUCAGCUGCAUAUAAAAUAGCAGGAACAGAAGAUACGACAAGAUCGGUGCCUACAGCGCAUGCACCAGCUUAUCCCUUCUCUAAAGGAAUACAUAAUCAGAAAGAUGUGUUAUCCAGCAUAGCAAGAGCAGAGGUCAGCAAAAGUGUUGGCCUUAUUCACAUUGAUGGACAGCCAGUAGGGACAGGGUUCCGUGUGGGUGAGAAGUACCUGGUGACAUGUGGACAUGUUAUACAGAACGUCAUCAAAGUUAAGCCAUAUAUACUUGAUGGGGAGCGACUAGAGAUAGAAUUUUAUAGAAUUGCAUACAACCAAAGGGAGGACCCCCGUCUGAUCUUUGGCUUUCAGCCAUUGGUUGCUUACUUUGAUGAUGAUUAUGACUUUGUUGUAUUGGAACUACGAAGUUAUGAUGCUGGCGUUCCAUAUCCUCCGGCGUUAACUUGUUUUGCAGAUGUUUCCGUCUCAGAGAUUCACCUAGUGGGACAUCCUGGCGGUCGACAAAUGAAGGAGGACAGUGUAGAUCCUAAGUGGUCACCUGUUCACGAUAAGGAAAUCAUCCCAUAUAUUGAAGAUUUAGCUCGUUGGAGUAUGGAAUAUUUUCCUGAUAAAAGGGACUACUAUAGUAUAUUACUAGAGCCACCCAGAAAAAUAAUGUUUCACACUACAUUUGAUACCGGAUCUUCGGGGUCGCCUGGAGUAAUUAUUAGAAAUAAGAAACCAUGUGUAGCUGUUAUGGUAAGAGGGGGAACACCAGGUUGUUUCUACGAAAAUACCUAUCCAGAUUUAAAAGUGGAAGACCGUCAAAAAGUAGAAUAUGGUUAUGCCAUGGCCGACAUAUUUCUUAAAAUGUUGGAAUCUUCACAACAAAAUAUAAAGGAUCUUGCAUCAGAAAUUUUCAAAGAAUGGAACUAACCAUUAGUUAUCCAUUCAUGUUCGAGAUUUUACAAUUAAUGGCAUCUGCAUUAUGUAAAAUGACUGGGAUAUGCAAGUGUUUGAAAGUGUAGAAGAACCAAAAAAAAAAAAAAAAAAAAAACACGGGGCAAAAAAUAACCCUGCAUACAGUAUAUUAUUUAUACAUGUAAAUAUGUAGUGUAUUAAUUUAUUUUUAUACAGUGAGUGCUUAGAUCAAUUAGGACGUCUUUGAUAACUGACAAAAUAUUAAUAGAAGUUGCAGUGAUUGUUUAAAAAACAUGUAACUUAUAUUAUGAUCAUAUAUUGUGUUAAAAUAAUAAUUAUAGCGAGCAGGCUUCAAUUGUUUUAUUUUCGCUCUUUUAUACUUUGAUGUCACGAAGGAGUUUUAACGCAUUAUCAACGUUUGUAUGCUAUUCGUUGGCUUUUAGAAAUUGUUUAUUCAAAUUUGAUGUGUUGUUCAAAAGGGGCACUUUUUUCCAUGGUGAAUUUUUCAAAGCCUUGAAAGGACACUUUAAAAAAAGUUGUGUUAUUUAAAUUGAAUGGGGAUUUGCAGAUCAAUUUUUAAGAAGUAAUAUCUGUAUGAGUAAAAACUCCAAAAGCUUUGUCCAUGGUAAAAUAAAUUUUUAAAAACAUGAAA